CAACAAAGAUGUUUUAUAGCCGAAGGAAGAGUAUGGAGGAUAUAGCAUCACCCUUGUUGAAAGUAGGAGCAGAUAGCUUUGGGUGAAUUAAGGAACGCUAUUGAGAGAGAAGAUUUAAGGAAUAUCUUAUGGAGUCUGAGGAAGAGGAGCAAAAGAAAGAAGUUUAUCAGAGUCAGACAGAUUUAGAUAAGCUCUUACUGGAUGAAAAUUCAGAUAGUGAAGAUGAAUGAAUCAAGAAACCCCAACUCUUAUCAAUGGCUAUAAAGCUUAAAUCUCAAACUUUUACGAUUGCUAAAUAACAAUCGAUUUUUAUUAUCGAAGCAGGAAAUAUUGAAUGCUUCUUCAACUCAAAAAUUUAUGCUUAAAAAUAUUGCAGAAAUUUCAGAAAAUGCAAAAGAUGAGGAAGACACUACUUCCCCAACUCACACUUCUUGUGUUGAUUCCUCUGUCAUUCAUUCUCAAGUAGUAGAAGCUGCAGAUUCUCAAAAACUGAAAUAACAAAAGGAGAAGAAUGCAGAGAAAACUCAGAAGACUAAAAGUGAUUGAUUAUCUGAGCGACACCAACGCUUAAAAAUACUACGGCAGGGUUUUCCCUCUCCUGUCACAACAACUUCA